GUUUUCCAGAUGAGUAAAUGGCUAUGAGCGGAGAAAUAGAUAGUCAUAUAACAGAGAAGUACGAAAUCAAAAAGCGGCUUGGAAAGGGCGCUUAUGGCAUAGUCUGGAAGGCCGUAGACAGAAAAGGCUCAGAAGUGAUUGCUUUAAAGAAAAUAUUCGAUGCUUUCAGAAACCAGACCGAUGCUCAGAGAACCUUCAGAGAAAUCAUGUUUCUCCAAGAGUUCGGAAGCCAUCCAAAUGUAAUUAAAUUAUUAAAUGUCGUAAAGGCAAACAAUGAUAAAGAUAUCUAUCUAGUAUUCGAGUUCAUGGACACUGAUUUACAUAAUGUAAUUAAGAGAGGAAACAUUCUGAAGGACAUCCACAAGCGGUACAUUAUGUAUCAACUUUUCAAAGCAACCAAGUAUUUGCACUCGGGAAAUGUUAUUCACCGCGACUACAAACCUUCGAAUAUUCUACUAAAUGCGGAAUGUUUUGUAAAAGUAGCAGACUUUGGGCUGGCAAGAUCUCUUACCCAACUGGAAGAUUCGGAAGACAAGUUCAAUCCAGAUGGCGGAUUUCUCACCGAAUAUGUCGCAACUAGAUGGUACAGAGCGCCGGAAAUUCUUCUAGCCUCACAUAAAUACACAAAAGCCGUUGACAUGUGGUCUCUAGGUUGCAUUCUGGGAGAAAUGCUCCUAGAGAAACCUUUGUUUCCAGGGUCCUCAACUCUCAAUCAGAUCGAAAAGAUCCUUGCUGAUAUCCCUACUCCUAAUUCAGAGGAUAUUAACAGCAUAAAAUCGCCAUAUGGAGCAAGUGUGUUGCAUAAAACUAAUGUAAGACAGAAAAGAAGCUUUACUGACAUAGUGCCUUCAGCGUCAGCAGAUGCGAUUGAUUUAUUGAACCAUCUUCUGCAUUUCAACCCGGAUAAAAGACUAACUGCAGACCUAUCUCUUCAACACUCAUAUGUGUCCAAGUUUCAUAACAGCAGCGAUGAACCAGUUUUGAAUUACGAUGUUGUUCCGCCUUUAGAUGACGAUGUCCAGCUAUCGAUUGACGAGUACCGCCAAAAAUUGUACGAAAUGAUAAUCCAGAAAAAGACGGAAAUUCGCCGCAACAAACGAAACGAAGCUAACAAGAAAGGCGAUGAGAACAACAAUCCUAACAAAGGCGAUAACGAUGCUAAUAGUGACACAGCUAACGAACGGACUGAAGACAAACAUGAUCUUCGAGGCGGCGAUAGUUCAGGUCACAAGAAUUCAGGAAAUACGAAUGCGAAGAGUAAUUCAAAAAACGGAGUUUCUUCGGCUUCGGGUAACCAGGCAUCUAAAUACCCUUCGGGUAACGCCAGUGGUUCCAAUGAACAAUCAAUGGCAAGUAGCUCAAACAUCGUCAAUAGCAGAAUGAGUAAUGGUGGUGGAUCCGGUGGCAAAAUGAAUGCCAGCGGAAGCAUUUCGUCAAUGUCACCCUGGACAGUUUCGAGUGCCCAUUUAGAUCCAAAUAACAACAAACCCCAUUCAUCUUCGGGUAACAGCAUACAGAGUCAACUUGAGGCGCAAAGAACUGGAAUGAAUAAUGGUAAUGCUCGGCCAAACUAUUCCAGUUUACUGGCCAACGGAAGUGCAAGUCAAUCCGGAAAUGUAUCGGAAUCAUUUGCAAAGUAUGACAGCUAUGGAGGCAAUACGAGGCCUAAACGCGAUCGAGAUGUCUCAAAUGACGUAAUCCAACGUCGAGGCACUUCCGCUCCGGUAACGCGAGGACGAUCGACGUUCACCUCAGGAGUCGGGAACCCAGUCAUUAUGCGAGGUGACUCGAGGUCAAGCGCAGUUGCAAUGAACUCCUACAACCCCGGAAUUGGGUCAUCAUCGGGGUCCAAAAUGAUGAAUCACCAUGUAAAAAGUCCUACUGAUAUGGGUUAUGGGUCGUCGCAGAGCAAAAUUUCGCCGGUGUACGGGGGCGGGAGACGACAGUACUCGAGUAAGAAUCAGAGUUCUUCUUCGUUCCAGUCGGCCCCGAGGACCAACUUCGGCAGCUUUACUCAGUCACACGGCACAAUAACUUCAUCUGGACUUGAACAACUGCGCAAUAAUUUGAAAAUGUGAAAUUCGUGUAAUACGUAAUAGUAAUUAAAAUGCAUUGAAUGCUGUACGAUACAUAGCUAGUGUUUUAUAAUUUGUUUCAAAUUCUACUAAAUAGUGUAAACUAAUGUAAAUACAACUCUUUGAAGGCUUAGCAAAUGUACAUGUGUAUGAA